CUGUCACUCCCACACUCUGCUAAACUGGAUACAAACUGAGACACAGCCAGGAGCGUGGGACUUAGUAGCUUCUUAUUUCAUGCUUUUGUAACUCUUAUCAGGGUGUUGGACAGUUGUUGGUAAUUGUCAGACAACUGUUGUUUUGGACCAAGAGGUUUUUCUCUUUUCUGACUAAUAGAUUUUUUACUUUUUGGACCAACAGUGUUUUUUUCUAAGUAAYGUUUUGGAGAGACCUGCACAGUGUUUCAGACUAGAAGGACAGACAGACAGACAGAAAAGACAGAGAGACACAAAGCAAUCAACACAAAGACACUCAGUGUUGGAAGACAGGCAGGCAGGCAACCAUGGGAGUUGAAGAACAGAGAGCUGGGAAGUUUUACGUGGAGCGGGAUGUUUUGGACGAGCUUUGCCUUGACCAGGUGGCMCGAAGACGGACACACUCCACCACACCUCCCCUGAAGGAGAGGGUGAAAGAUUCCCUCAGGUGUUCCAUGCCCAAGCUGAAGCGCUCUGUGCUGAGCACUUUGCCUGUCCUGUCAUGGCUGCCACGUUACUCAGUGAGAGACAACGGCCUGGGAGACCUCAUAUCUGGCAUCAGCGUUGGCAUCAUGCACCUGCCUCAGGGUAUGGCCUAUGCUCUCCUGGCCUCUGUGCCUCCAGUGUUUGGUCUCUACACCUCCUUCUACCCUGUACUGGUCUACUGCCUCCUUGGCACCUCCAGACACAUCUCCAUAGGAACGUUUGCUGUGAUCAGCAUCAUGAUAGGCAGUGUGACAGAGAGGUUGGCUCCAGACAGUGACUUCACAUUCCUGAAUGGAACCAACGGGACAGCAGUUCUGGAUGUGACAGCCCGCGACGCCUACAGAGUUCAGAUAGCAGCCAGCACCACAGUACUGAGUGGGCUCUUUCAGGUCCUGCUGGGCAUGGUGCGGUUUGGUUUCGUGGUGACGUACCUGUCGGAGCCCCUGGUACGUGGCUACACAACAGGAGCAGCUACACACGUGGUCGUCUCACAACUCAAAUAUAUCUUUGGUAUCCACCCUGCACGCUUCUCCGGACCACUGUCUCAGGUCUAUAUCCUAAUAGACAUCUGUAGACAUCUGCCAGAGACUAACAUUGGGGCCCUGGUGGUUAGUCUAGUGGCCUUGGUGGUCCUCAUAGUGGUCAAAGAACUCAACUCCUGUUAUGAGAAGAAACUACCUCUGCCUAUUCCCAUAGAACUCAUAGUGAUCGUAGCAGCAACACUCAUCUCCUACUACGGCAACCUGAACAGCCAAUACGACGUGGCCGUGGUUGGAGAGAUCCCCAGAGGGCUGAAGUCUCCCAGUCUACCUGACGUCAGUCUGUGGGGUAUGGUGGUUGGUGAUGCGUUUGCUGUGGCCAUAGUGGGUUAUGCCAUAAACAUCUCCUUGGGCAAAACCUUCGGCCUGAAACACGGCUACAAGGUGGACAGCAACCAGGAGCUGGUGGCUCUGGGUCUCAGUAACACAGUGGGAGGAUUCUUCCAAUGCUACUCUGUCACCGCUUCUAUGUCCCGUAGCCUCAUCCAGGAGAACAUGGGGGAGACCACAGGUUGCCGGGGUGGUUUCUCAGUGAUUGUGCUUGAAUCACCAUUUCUGCCAACUGGGGACCACUGUUUGAGAGUUACCAAGGCUGUCCUGUCCUGCAUAGUGUUUGUAAACCUGAAAGGCAUGUUUAAGCAGUACCUAGACAUUCCUGCACUCUGGAAGAGCAACACAGUGGACCUGCUGGUGUGGUUGGUAACGCUGGUGUGUACUAUCCUGCUGAACCUGGACCUGGGCCUGGCUGCAUCCAUCGCCUUCUCUCUGCUCACUGUCAUCUUCAGAACACAGCUGCCACGGUACUCUAUUCUGGGGCAGGUUCCUGGGACUGAGCUCUACCUGGACACAGACACAUACGAAGAGGCAAAAGAGAUCCCAGGUAUCACUAUCUUCCGUUCCUCAACCACAGUGUACUAUACCAACGCUGAAUUAUACCUGGACGCACUGCAGAAGAAGAGCGGUAUUGACAUUGGGAAGCUGCUGACGAGAAAGAAGAAACACACACACACACUGUACACAAAAAUGGUUUUAUACUAUUAUCAAAUGACAUUAUUUCAAUGGAUGUCUCUCCCCUUCCCUUCCCAGAAUGGUGUGAAUGGACACCUACCCAAUGGUACAGUCCACCCAGAGGACAAGGUGGAUGUAGAGAAGGGCUCCCCUGACCUGAAGGGAAACAGGACAGACAUCGCCCUGACUGACAGACCCACUAAUGGACAGGUGAACUGGGCCUACGAGCAGCAAGGGACSGGGUUGGACCUGGGCUCUGAGACUGGUAGUCAUGGCGAUGAUGCCAUAACCCAGACGUCCAGCACCGUAGGAGAAGAGAAGAGAGGGAGGAGCUCCGACAAUGACACACAUACCAUCAUCCUGGAUCUCUCCACAGCCAGCUUUGUAGACACCGUCACUGUGAUGAUGCUGAAUAACAUAUUCCGAGACUAUAGAGAGAUUGACAUUGAUAUCUAUUUAGCUGGAUGCCAAGUCUGUGUGGUGGAGCAGCUAUCCAGAGCAAGCUUCUUCUCUGAGUCCAUCCCUAAGAGCCGUCUGUUCACUACGGUCCACGACGCCGUGCUACACAGCCUCCGGCUGCAAGGGGCCUCAGACGUUCCCAUCUACGAGUGUGCACUGGACAUGGCCUGCACUACCAAGAUGUAACCAACAGGGGUCACUUUGGUCACAAUCCUUUAUGGAAAAUAAUAAAUAAUGGUUACUAAUUUUAAAUGAUGCAAUAUUGAUAACAUUAUGGGGCUGGAAAUGAAGUAUCAAUGUCCCCCGAUGAUCCAAGUUCUCUUGAGUCCACAAUCUUCAACACAGCACAUAUAUCAUAAUACCAUAAAUGCCAACCCGUUAUUGUAAUGGUGAGAGGUUAGCAUGUCUUGGGGGUAUGAUAUUUGUGCAUCUGUAAAUUUCUCACUCAUCAUU